AUGUUAUCGUACAGGAUGAUGCUGGGUGAGAAGACGGUGCUGCUGGCCAUAAGAGAAAACAUUGAGAUGCAGCUGCUUUCUUCGGAGGAGCACUGUGUGUUAAUAAAAACAAAAGAGAAGAAGGAACAAAACAACUUCGACCAGAGAUGCAGGUACAUAGAGCAACCUCUAGUCACUGCGUAUGUGGAGGAUCCAGAGUCGCAUAUCCAAAUCCAAAAUGCUGAACCCAAAACAAAGCACACUGUCCAGGAAGAGCCUCAGGACAUCACCCAUAUCAUGGACCUAUCUGAUCAAAUGGAGAUAGAGAUGGAGUCAUUUCCUCCCGUCAGACUUUCAGAUUUUGAGCUAGUGGAGAUAAAGCCAGGUGAUCCUUCCAUCGUGACCCCGCCUUCCCUGAGCAAAUCAUGUCUUGUCAAAUGGAGGAGACUGACUCCACAGAAGAGAGGACUGGUGGUUAAAGAUGUGAUCUGUCUACCCAGAGGACACUACUUGGCACAGCUGGAGAGACAAAGUGUUCCACAGAGUAACCAGCAAGUCACUCUGGCCACAGGACUGACUGCUCGCAUCACCAUUGACUACACCUGGUCAGCCAGUCAGAUGGAGAGCCGACUGGCGUUGCUGUUUCAGGGACAAUUUGAAAAAAAAGCAAGACAAAACUUUUCCUUCACAUAUCUACAAUGCGUGCAAAGCUCCAGAGCACUGUUUGUCCCAAACACUCCUGCUGAGGGCUGGACUGGAGAACAGGUACUCAGGAUCUCUGGACAUGGUGCUUUGUAUAUCCUCAGUCAUCACGACUACCUACAGGUUGAAUCUAAAUGCUCAGCAAAUGAACCACCUGUGUUAAACAAGAAGGAGUUUUGUGUGGACAGCAGACAACUGAUGAGACAGGUCCACCCCUGUUUCUGCAGGACACCUCAGAAGCUCACACUCAACCUGGAAACCAUCCUGAGAUUGUUCAGAGAGGGAAACAUGGAUGUAGAUGUAGAGACUCACAUCCAGGUAAGGAGGGAAGAUGUGCUCCACAGCGCUCUGAGGGCGGUGAGGAAGCCAGGCUUCUGCUUCAGAUCGAAACCCGUCGUCUACUUCAGUGAAGACAAAACCAACAACCAUCAAGAAGCUCUGGGGGAGUUCUUCAGGUUGACUCUUCUGGAGCUACAGCAGAGCUGUGUUUUUGAGGGUCGUCCAGGGUCCUUGUUCUUGACUUAUAACCUCACAGCUCUUGAAGAAAUGAAGUAUUAUGAAGCCGGCGUUCUGAUUGGCUGGUCAUUAGCUCAGGGAGGGCCUGGACCGUAUUGUCUGCACCCAGAACUCUACCAGCUGAUGUGUUGCCAGACUCCGUCAUUGCAGGACUUCAACUGGAGAGACAUUGUUGAUGCAGAAGCACGGAUUCGUUUGCAAGAGCUGCAUGGUUGUCAUGACGUGAAGCAAUUGUCUCCUGCUCUGUGUGAGUGGGUGUUGAGCUGUGGAAUCCCAGGAAUCCAUUCAGCCUGCUCUAAUGAAAUACCAGCCAUCUAUGCCCGCUUGGUAAAACACUACAUCUACCACAGGGUGGCCAGCAUGAUCUCCCAAUUUAUUGAGGGACUCAACAGUUGUGGUGCAUUGUGGGAUCUGGUGAAGUCCCACUGGGAGAUGUUUCUGCCAGUAAUGACAAGUACACAGCAGCAGCCUCUGACCCUAAAAGAGUUCAAACAGCUCUUCACUGUCUGCUACAGCCAUCCAAACUCUGAGCUGAGGGCAGCUGAGGAAGCCACAGUCAUAAACUGGGAAACUGUCCUCACGUUGGUCAGCGAUGGGCGGACAGGUUUUUCUUUUGAAGACCUUCUGGUCGUCAUUACAGGAGCUGAUCAUCUUCCUCCUCUCGGCUUCCACAAACCAAUAUCCCUACAGUUUUACUCCCAGGAUGUAAACACAUCAGAUGUGUGCCUGCCCUACGCCUCUGUGUGCUCUCUGGAGCUCUUCCUGCCGAGGGGAGUGACCGAGGUUGUGGACCUAUUGUUGCUGCUGAGCAGAGCUCUGCACAAGGCCCUGAGCUUCACACACCUAACUGCAGGAGAUGAAGAAGAGAACCGUGCAGAGGUGUUGACUUGAUUGGAAAUGGAGGUCUUCUUAGAAAAUGCUUCCUUCUGGACCUCAAGGGAAUUUGCUGGAUGUUUAAUUAACUACUGGAUUUUAAUUAUUCAGUUGUUUGUCUGUUAUAGCAGCUCUGAACAAAAUGAUAUUUUAGUCAUGCCUUUUAGAAGAUUAGAAAGGAAUCAUAUUUUAGAUACAAAAAACAAGGGUUAGGAUUUGAUUGUUUUGUUAGACAACAAACUGUUUUGUUUGAACAUGAAAGUGAGUUUCCUUAAUGAAUUUAGCUUGAUUCAUGUUUUAAACUUUUUAAAUAGCUUUUUCUGCAAAUUCAGAACACAUAGCAUGACUUUUAACAUACACACAAUGUCAUGCUGCCACUUGGCAAUUCACUAAACCAGCCUGACAACAUACCCUUUAUAUUUAUGAUCAGAUAUCUGAAAGAAAUGGGUUACAUAAUUGUACAUUAUCUCAAUGUGUUUUUCCUAAAAUGUUUUAAAUAAUAAUCUAUAUUUAAUUGUAUAUGCUUUAAAUCAAUUGUUGAAUAAAGUUUAUUU